GCCUUUUAUUCAUAUUUACCACCAUACGUUUAGUGUAUAGGGCUUAAUGUAUGCUGUGUAAUUGAUUAAAAAUGCUAUAGGAUUACUAUUGGUAACCAACCUUCUAAACAUGGGGAGUAACCAAAGCAAAAGUAACAGCCGCAAGUCCCACAGUGACUUAUAUUACCACCAUGGUAAACUUACUUUGAAAGAAAGAUUGAGUGUUCUAAAAACUGGUUCUCUAAAACGGAACCAUCAGCUCCGUAAGGAUGAACUUACCGAAUCCGACCUUGCAAUAUAUGCUACAAAGAAAUGGAAUAGCGAAACCACUUUAGAUGCACGCACAGGUGGUAACCAAGGACCAAUCACAGAAGAGGAUUUACAAGUUGUUCCAGCAAGAGUGGAAGAAAUACCAGAGGAUGAACGUGGUGAAGCCACAGUGAACUUGGUUAAAGUUGAUGGCGUUCCACUUGGACUCACUGUUUCUGGUGGAGCGGAUAAAGAUGGCCGCCCUCGUGUGUCUAAUCUACGUAGCACUGGCAUCGCUGCAAGGAGUGACCAAUUACAAGUUGGUGACAUCAUAACUUCAGUGAAUGGAAUUCGGUCUACGAAACUAAAACACGGGGAAAUUAUCAGUUUGUUGAAAAAUAUCAGCGAAAAAGUUUGUUUGGAGAUUGAAUAUCUUCUCCCACCUACAACUGUCCAGACAUCAACUAUCAUUCAAAAGACGACGGAGGUUUUCCUCCAGAAAGAACACGGAUCGUUUGGAUUCGUUCUACGGGGUGGUAACCAUGGCCAACACUGCAGGUCACGACCUCUGGUGGUUACGCAUAUACGACCCGAUUCACCUGCAGCAAGAGAAGGAACCUUAAAGACGGGUGAUCGAAUUAUUUCAAUCGGGUCGACCCCGCUCAUCGGUGGCACCUUACAGGAAGUUAUAACACUCGAAAAGGCAAAAUAUUUAUGGCUGUUUUAG